AUGAGAGACAUUGUUUCCUGUUUUAGCGAAAACGCCGUUAACAUUUCUAAUCCUUCCUGCUCUAGCUACUCCAAUGCCGCCGCCGCCGUUGUCUCUCUGCCGUCGUCGUCGCCGUCGCCAUCGGUGAAAACCGCCGUCACGAGCCUUUAUGCUACCACUCUCUCGGCGGCGCAGAGUCAUCUCAUGAUUUCAGUGACAUGGACGAAAACCCAUUCUUCUCAAAGCUUGGCCGUCAAUUUCACGCAAUCUCCGACCGCCAUAGCCUUCCACCUUGAUACCACCGUCAGAUUCUUCAAGAAAAACAAAGGGUCGAAAUCCUAUGACUUCCAAUCUUCCAAAAUCGAGAUUCUUUGGGAUCUCGCCGCCGCCAUUUACGACGGUGGACCAGAACCCAUUUCAGGAUUCUACGUUUUAGUCACGAUAGAUUCAGAAAUCGCUUUGGUUUUGGGGGAAAUUCCGGUAUCUUCGCGGCCUUAUAGCCUGAAAACCACCAUGGCUGCCGACCCAGAAGCUCGAAAAUGCUGGUUGAUCUCAAGAACAGAGCAUUGCUCUGGAAAUACUCUGUUUUCGACGAAAGCGAAGUUCAGUGAGAAUGGGGUUUUUCAUGAGAUCUCAAUCCGAUGCGGCGGCGACGACGACGGAGGGAAAAGAAAGCAACCGGGAUUGUGGGUUUGGAUCGACAAGAAGGCGGUGAUUAGAGUGAAGAGAUUGCAAUGGAAUUUCAGGGGAAAUCAGAGCAUUUUCGUUGAUGGGUUGCUUGUAGAUUUGCUGUGGGAUGUUCAUGACUGGUUUUUUGGGUCCGCCAUGAAUGGAUUUGCGGUGUUCAUGUUUAGAAGAAGGAGUGGAUUGGAGAGUAGGCUGUGGUUGGAAGAGGAGAAGAAGAUGAUUCCUCAUAAUGAUAUUCAAAAAAGUUUGGAUUUUUCAUUGUUGAUCUAUGCAAGUAAGACUUCUUGA